GCCUUGUUAUAUCUUGGAGUUUACAUUUGAUUGUAAAUAUUGUUAAUUAAAUAUACAAAUAUUUAAUACUAAAUUACUAUUAUUACCAGUUGAAAUUAAAUUAGUACUAUAUCAAGGUUAACCGAGAAUUAAUCAAUGGUUAUUGAAAAUGUAACAUUUGUUUAAAAGUCGCAGGCGUCGCAGGUUAAUGCGUUUAUAUAUACUUAACAUAACCUCUACCGAAUAUUUGGAAUUUUCUUUUAACAAAUUCGCAUGUUUCACGCACAAAAUUGAAUCAUGAUGAAUGGACAUUGUUUUGAAGACAUCUUAGGUUUUACGAGACAAACUGAAACGCUUAUAACAGGUUUAGGAGGAAAUCCUGACCUCGUAGAUGAGUUUAGAAAAAGAAACAUUUCCACUGAAGAAUUGGCCGAAUUAACUGAAUAUGAUUUAAUUACUCUCGGUGCCGAUUAUUCAUUCAUUUCGGCGUUUUUAAAGCAAAUGAAAAAUACGCCAAAAAAGACGAGUGAAUAUUUAAUGCCACAUUACAGAUACGAGCACUUGUUGGAUAUUUUAAAAACUGGACGAAAUCAUAUUAAAUUUAUUGGCGCAUUUAUUGCAUUCGUGAAACUACGACUCGAGGGAGAGCAAAUAAAUCUUUUUGUCGAUGCCGAUAAAGGUAUACGUGCCAGUGAAACUUUAAAAAUUGCCUCGAUAGCAACACUCAAGGAAGUUGAUUCCAUCAUGAAGGAAGUGGAUAAUUUAGAAACAUACAUUUCAACGACUUAUAAGGCACCAAAGAAGAGAAAGAUUUACAACAUUUGUAUGGUCAUUGGUGGACUGGGACUGACGACUUGUGCACUAUUUCACUUGUGUAAAAAGUGUUACAUUAAGUUAUAAUAGGUAACAAAUUUGUAUUUUUAUAAAACGGAAAAAUCACACAAGUUUUCCUAUAAUUUGUUUUUGUUUAUAUUUUUUUACAAAACUUUUAUUUUUCUAUUUCUCCAAGUUUCACUACAAAAAAUAUACCUAUUGUUAAA